AUGUUAGCAACAACAGCACCAAACUCGUUAGUCAUGAACCCAACUUCAAUGUUAGUAGAGAUGAAAAGCUUCAUUCCUUCUUCAUAUACUUUCGAAACAGAAAUCCAGAAGAUAAAGCAAGAACUUUUAACAAGUAAUUUAGACUGUAGUGCGAAAGAUGAAACAAAUGAACAGUAUCUUUAUGAAAUGCAGGACAUUAUUGACCAUUUACCCAAAUUGCCUGAAAUCCAACAACAAAAGCUCACUAUUCCUGAAUUCGACGAAAUUGAAGUCAAAGCAACUGACUCAGUAGAAAUAAAGAAGUUCAUACGAAAGGUUAACUAUGAAUUCCUUG